AUGAUCGUGCACGACGCUCAUCAAUACAUUUGUGCGCAUUGUGGCAAGGCGUUCCAUGAGAAACAAUCGUUACGGGUUCACAUUGUGUGUCACAGAGAGCUUCCCGAGACACGGCGGUACAAAUGUGACGAAUGCGAGAAAAGUUACACGCAAAAAAGUAGCUUGACAGUGCAUAAAAAGACGCAACACGACGCAGAAAAAGUGAAUUUUGUGUGCGAUUAUUGCGGAAAAGGAUGUGCAAGUAGAGGAAUUUUGAGGGCGCACGUGAAGUUUGUGCACGAAAAAGUGGUUGUUGCUGUUUGUCCGAUUUGCGAAAUGGAAUUUGUGGAAAAAAUUCGACUUACGAGACAUUUGAAGUUGCAUACGGGAGAAAGGAGUUAUCGAUGUGACAUUUGCAACGACACUUUCAGUCAACCAGCUCAACUUUUCUCCCACAAAUACCUUCAUGUAACGGAAAAAACUUUCACAUGUCACAUUUGCAAGAAGCCAUUUAAGCGAAAAGAUUCCCUUAAAACUCACAUAAAACUCCAUCAGAGUCAUUUCAAAUAUCGCUCGAAAUGCACGAACGAAACGAUUUCGAAUGUCAAGUGUCGAAUGUCGAACGUCUGA